UCGCAACCAAAUCCAAACCAUAUGAAUUAGGGGUAGCUUGUAUCCCAUUACAGACGGCGGGUCCGAAACGGGUCAGGAGCGGUGGAACGGGUUUAUAAUUCGGUUUCUUCAUCCAUUCCAUCAUCGGAGAAAAAGCGAAGAUCGAUACGCUUUGUAGGUUUGAUUGAAGUGGAGACGGAGAGAGGAGCGAGGAAGGGUAGAAACCCCAAUUUUGACCUAACUCGACGAAUCACCGUUGUCUCUGGCGAAAUUGACCGUCGAAGAUUGCAGUCUAUCAUUGUCCGUGAAGUCUGAAAGCAUUGCAAUGGCUAUGUACAUUCGUGUUAAGCGCAAUAAAACGACCUAUUUUCUGCAAUGUGAUGCAACUGAGAAAGUUCUAGACAUUAAGCAGAAGUUGCAUAGCCUAAUUGAUCAGCCAGUUAAUGACCAGCGUUUAAUUUUAGCAGCAACCGGAGAAGUCUUGGAUGAUUCAAAGACAUUGGCAGAUCAAAAGGUUGAGAAUGAUGCUGUUGUGGCACUUACACUGAGAAAAGAUGACAAUGAAUUUGAGGAUGUGAACAUAGUGAGGCCAAAUGACUUUUAUCAGUCCCGUGAUACAGACACUACUGGCAAUUGGUAAAAUGGAUGAAAUGUGCCUGCAACUGCAACAUCCUGCUACUACAACAAAAUAUCAGGUGCUUAAACACCAUUGAAUUGCUAUUUGCUGACAUUGUGAACAUUAAAACACUUCUGUUGAACUUUUAGUAAGCCUUUUGAUUCUAUAGUUUGAUAUAUUAUCAUCACAACUUGUUUC